GGAGGAGGAAGCGAGGGGCGGCACCGGGCCGGCCUGCAGGCGUCCCGCCCCGCUCCCGGCUGCCUUAGUCGGCAGGCCCGGGCGUAAGAUGGCUGCGGUGCUCGCCGGUGGCUCCCAGCGGGUGGUGCGGGAGGCGGUGCGGCGCUCGGCCGUUCGCCCGCCCGCCUCGGGCUGCUGGGGCUGCGCGCCUGGAGGGAAGCGGUAUCUGCUAACGGAAGAUGAUAUUAAGUUACAAGAAUUUCAGCAGAUGAAAGUGGCAAUUAGAAAUGAAGUUCAUGGCAAUAAAGAUCCAUAUUUUAAAAGUAUUAAAGAAAAACUAAAGAAAAAUGGAAUGAUUCUCAAAAAUGAAUUAAAAAAUUUACUGCAUUUAUGUCAGACUUCAUCGGAUGUGGAACUAGCCAGAAAAGCUAUUUACAGGUACCAUGAACAGAAUGGAAUCACAGCCUUACAUAAUUUUAAAUUUGGGCCCCUCUUUAUGAGGCUAUGUUAUGAGCUGGAUCUUGAAAGACCUGCAGUAGAACUUAUCAAAGAUCAGAAUUUGCGUGGUUUUUUCUCAGAGAGUACAUCAUUCCAUAUUUUGAUGACUAUGCUGUUUAAAAAGGGCCAUUUUGAAAGUGCUUUUGAAGUUCUUGUAGAGAUGAAAAAACAAGGUAUACCUUUCAACAAAGAAACCUAUCUGCUUGCAUUUGCAAUAUGCUACAAACUGGACAACCUAGAGUCUUGCAAAAUCUCUGCGAAACUGCUUGAAGAAGCACAGCUAAAAGGCGACACAUUACCUUUGCGAGCACUCUGCUUUGCUGUGGCAACUGCUCUGAAGCAGAAUGAUGUAGUGCAAGCCAAAUUUUAUUGUUCCCAGAUAGUGAAAACAGAGAACAAACUAUACAGUAAUCUUAAAGUUCUUGUCCAGCUCAGAUCUGGUUUGUUAGAAGAAGUAAUAAAGAUCUUAGAGGCAGCAGUGGAAGACGAUGCUUCUCCCGUUGUGAAAAAAAUCGAGUUUUGUGAGCAGGUGCUGGCUACUGUCAGGGAAAAGAUGGAAGAAAACCCCAACCUUUCUGCCAAAUUAGGAGAUAUUUAUACAAAACUACAAACUUCGGGACAGAUAACCAUGUGCACACUGGAAGACAUGCUUUUUCAGAUUCCUAGUUCAAAGAAGACCCCUGCGAAGCUCUUAAAUCAGAAGCGAUUGGGCUAUCAGGCUGCUAAACCGCUUCAGUCAAAUCUAUUGUUGGAAUAGUUCAAUAUUUGAUGGCAAACUGAAUUGCUGUUUGCAUCUCUUAGAAGCCAUUGAAAUAAAAUGUCUUCUCCCCUCCUCCACAAUGAGCAAUUGUUUAAGUUGUUUGUGUGAAACUGCGUUUUAAAUACAGAUCAUGUAGCUUCCAUGUUUCAAUUCUGCUAAAAACAAGCCAUGACAGUGGGUAUUUGUGUGUUGUUCAGAAAUGGAGUGAUAGAAUGGCUUGAAGUUUUUCCUCAGGCACUUAAAUCAGGAUUUCCUAUGCCAAACGUCGUGAUGGAAAUGAACAAAAUAUUAUGCAUAUCUGACCUGACUUCUGUGGUUCCUGAGAAGAAAAUUCAGUCUUCAUCAGAUGUAAUGUUCUGACUGAAAGGAUAGAUGCAGUCCAGAGUCUAGAUAAGAGUCUGGAAGUGCUUUACCUGUUUAUUCAAAUACUGUGCAUCUCAAGAGAAUCAGAGGAAAGCAAGCAUCUUUUGUUGCUUUAAUAUCUGUCUUCAGAAGCAAUAUAUUAGAAUGUUUUUUUCCUAUCAAAUGGUAUCACUGAAAUGCUAUGGGAAGUAGCAUGGUAACCAACUGGUUGUUGUCUCACUUGAAGGGGUUCUUUGGCUUCUGUUCUUUUUAUUUUUAUUUUGUCUCUCUUCCCCUCAAGCAAGUGCCAGAACUGAAAGGAUUAUUUCUGUGAAUGAAUCGGUGCAUGCUAUGUGAAACUGUUGAAGCCGGUGAGUGAGUCACUGUGAAGAAACAAGACCCCAUCCAUGGAGAAACACAUCUUCAGCCAUCAAAGGAAAAGUGGCUACAGCAGGUCAGAGUUUUCCUUCUGACGCUCUAACAGUGUAACUCAUUUCUGUCACCAAUGUGUUGCUAACACUAAAAUGCACAAAGCUGUUAGGCAGUGGAUGGAAUCUCAUGCAAGUGUAAGUGAAGAAGAAUUUGAAGUUUGUAUCACAUUUUUGUGAAAUGUGUGCACGCUUUUUAUGAGUGGUUGUGUAGCUUAAAGUGCUGCAUACAUUAAUCUAAGAACGCAGCUAAUUACUUGUUCUGUAAUAUUUUGUAGCACAUAAUUUAACGUGUAAUUCAGUAUUUUAAUUGUAACCAUUUUCUUUCCCUCAGCUGGGAAUUUUUUCAACACUUCCAAUAAAAUAUGGGCCCUUAAGUAGCUCCCAGUCUUUUCUCCACAAAUAAAUCUGAUUCAGGAUUUGUAAAGCCUGCUUGCAGUGUGGCAAGGAUUAGUUUCAAAAAAAUUAAAGGAGUGAACUACUCUUCAGUUUACUCAGUAUUAUCAGGACAACUGUUUGAUGUAAAACUACAUUUUUAUAAACAAUAGAAGAUAGUUUGACCCAUAUAGCCUGUUACAUAGCAAAUAUAUAAGGUCAAUUCUGUUUAAUUUCCUUAUUUGGCACUUUCAAAGCUGUAUUAAUUGCAAGAAGUUAGUUCAUCCUAGGAAUGAGAUGCACAUGUUUGUUUUAAUCUGAAUUGUUAGGUUAUGUUCCUGACUGAGGGUGUAUCCUAUCUGCAGCUGAAGUAAUGAUAACUUCUGUUAUAAUUGUCAAUAUAGCUGAUGUUUUGCAUUCUUUUGACUACUUGUUUUCUUGAGGCUGAUUUACUCAAGCUAACCAUUAAGUCAGUCAUUUGCCUUAAAGAAACACUGUUUCUUUAUCUUGAGAGAGAAGGGGGAUGCCCUUAAAUAACUAACAAUAUUUCAGUAGAAAAAGAAAGCAGGGAGCCAAGAAGUGUUAAAGGGUAGACUGAAAGAAACACACACAAAAUUCAGUCAAUUAAACAUUUUAAUAUUGAGCAUUGCUCCGGAAGUGGUGCAGAAGACUGGUAACAUCCUCCCUUAGGAAAAAAGAUAGGAGAAAAGAGCAACUUCUAAUAUAUACGCAGCUGAUUUCAAACAGUCUAAUUUGUUUCCUACGAGUUGCAGUUGUUAAUCAGGAAAGCUUGGAAUUCAACGUGUAUUUAUAAAUUUAUGUUUUGGUGCAUCAACGUCCUGAGCGCACUGGCUUUUGUGCAGAAGAGUCUUCAGCCGUGUGCUUGGUUUAGUGUACUUAGAUGUGGUUGGCUUCUGGUUUCUCAGCACCCAGGAUCAGGAAGCCAAACUUGUCUGAAGUUACCCAAAUACUUAGGGGUUUUGCCAGGCCAAAGUGGCUGGAAUGUCAAGGGCUGGGUUCUUAGCAUUUCUUAGAGACAGCCUCAGAGAACAGGAUGUGCACUAUGUUAUUGCAGCGAGUGAAUUAAUUUUACUUUGCUUAUAUGGACCUUUAAUCAAGGAUGAACUUUGUGCUCAACAACAGACAACACUGUGAAAUUCAAUUAAUAGAUUAUUUUUUUUUUUUGGUGAUCAAUCUGUUAAAAAAAAAAUAAA